ACUGUCAGUCAGUUUGGGACUUUGGGUCGAAUCGGUCGAUUGAUAAGCGAAAAACCGCUGCUUCUCUCUCUGUCUUCUCGAGUAAAACAUCCCCAAUCUCUCAUUCUCUCUCUCUCGGAUUAUCCCCAAAUCCGGCUCCAACGAGCUCUCCCUCUCCACUGGGGAAUCCUGCGCGGAACCCUAACCCUAGCCUUCUGGCUAUGCCACACUCUCGGUUUCUCUUCUUCGCUGCCUGAUAAGCCCUAAGGGGGAGCAUCCUUCCUAGGUCGGCAAGACUUCCAGGAGCCGGGAAUCUCCCUCUUUUCGAGAUUUCGCUUCAAUCGAUGGAAGAUUGACGGGGCUCCUUGUGUCGCGGUUGACUCUGCUUCGUGGAAGAACUCGUGGCGUUCCCGAUCAGAGGACCUGAUCUCGGCUUCGAUUGUAUUGUGUUCGUGGAUUGACUGGGGUUAGUUUAAUCUUUGUCGCUGCAUACUGCUGAGCUCCCUUGUUCGGGAUACACAGUUCGGAGUCGGGGUUGAAGAUAUCGUAUGGCUGUUAAAUCCUGCACCCAGUGGUUGGAUCGCCAAUUUGGUGGAGCCACAGUUUUCUGUUAAACAGCGUUGUGAUUCCGGAGGCGAAUUUGACAACAGUUUGGAUGGAGAUGGCAGUGGCUUCUUUGUAUGGUUCUUGCGGAUGCGUGCUGGCCGGAGUAGCGUCGGAAAGCUCCUGAUUAGUUGGUUUGGUUUGAAUACCUUUUGAUUGAGCACUUCGAAGAAUCUAGAAGGGAAAAAGGGUUCAACUUUUGUGUAUCCAUGUUUCUAUUUUAUGGUCAUUGAGUUGAGUUGAGCUGAAUACAAAGGUCCUGUUUUUAGGAGGCCUUUAAUUUCUUUCUAUUUGGUUUGAUUUUGGUUAUAUAUCUAAUCUUAUAAAAAGGAGAAAUGGCAGUGUAUUACAAGUUUAAGAGUGCAAAAGAUUAUGAUUCAAUCUCAAUGGAUGGGCCCUUUAUAUCUGUUGGUACUUUGAAAGAAAAAAUAUUUGAAUCAAAGCACCUGGGCAGGGGUACAGACUUCGAUCUGGUGGUGACUAAUGCCCAAACUAAUGAAGAGUAUCUUGAUGAAGCAUCAUUAAUUCCAAAAAGUACUGCUGUGUUAAUUCGCCGAGUUCCUGGUCGCCCUCGCAUGCCCAUUGUUACUGAGCAAGAGUACUAUCUCAAACCUUUAUAUCUUGAGGACAUGUAUGAGUUUGGCCAUUAUAUUUGCAGGCCAAAGGUGGAAACUAAGGCAGAUGAUACCCCGCAGGAGAAAAGUGGCUUUGUAGGUGGUGAUUCAUCUACUUUUCAAUAUACUGAUGAGACCGAGUGGGAUGAGUUUGGUAAUGACUUAUAUGCAAUCCCGGAAGUCGUACCAGUACAAUCAAGCAUUGCACCUCCUGAAGCUCCUCCUGCCAGCCAGGCUGAAGAGGAAUACAAGAUUAAAGCUUUAAUUGAUACUCCAGCUUUGGAUUGGCAGCGUCAAGGUAAUGAUGGCUUUGGCCACGGUAGAGGGUUUGGCCGGGGGAUGGGUGGUAGAAUGGGAGGACGUGGAUUCGGUAUGGAGAGGAAAAAUCCUCCGCAGGGUUAUGUGUGUCACAGGUGUAAGGUACCAGGACAUUUUAUUCAGCACUGCCCCACCAAUGGUGAUCCAAAUUAUGAUAUCAAGAGAGUAAAGCCUCCGACAGGAAUCCCAAAGUCGAUGCUAAUGGCAACACCAGAUGGCUCAUAUGCAUUGCCUAGUGGUGCUGUUGCUGUUUUAAGACCAAAUGAGGCUGCAUUCGAGAGAGAAAUCGAAGGGUUGCCUUCCACGAGACCUGUUGGCGAACUUCCGCCUGAACUUCACUGUCCUUUGUGCAAAGAAGUUAUGAAAGAUGCUGUGCUGACAAGCAGGUGUUGUUUCAAAAGCUUCUGUGACAAAUGUAUUAGGGAUUACAUUAUCUCGAAAUCAAAGUGUGUAUGUGGGGCAACAAGUAUUCUUGCAGAUGAUCUUCUUCCAAACAAGACUCUUAGGGAUACCAUUAAUCGUAUCUUAGAGUCAGGGAACAGUAGCGCAGAUAAUGCUGGAAGCACUUUCCAAGUUCAAGAUAUGGAGUCAGCUCGUUGUCCACAGCCCAAGUUUCCUUCUCCUACACAGUCUGCUGCAUCAAAAGAAGAGCCAAGAUUGCCUCAUCCGUCUGCUGAACCAGCCGCUAUGCAAAAUAUAAAGCCAGCGCCCAUUGAGGAGAAGCCUGUUCCUGGACCUGUCCCCCCACCAGCAGUCGAGAAGUCAAGAACUUCUAAGGUGGUUGAUGCGUCAGAUGCCACACAUGAGUCAAUGAGUGUGAAGGAGGCAGCAGCAUCACAAAGUAGCGCUCCCCUCAUGGAGGAAGAAGUGCAGCAAAAGCUUGCUUCUGGCGAUGCAGCAAAGAAAAAGAAAAAGAAGAAAGUUCGCAUGCCUCCAAAUGAUAUGUGGAAGGGUGGUCAAGAUCUCGGACCCGAGAAUUUCAUGAUGCCUAUGCCCCCUGCUGCAUUCAAUCCUUACAUGAUGGGUGGGAUGCAACCACCGGGGAUGGAUCCAUAUAUGAAUCCGUACAAUGGUGGCGCUCCAAUGCCAUUUAUGGGUUACGGCCUCGGCCCAUUGGACAUGCCUCCAUUUGGAGGUAUGAUGCCACCGGAUCCUUUUGCUCCACAAGGGUUUAUGAACAAUAUGAUGCCAAUGAUACCACCUCAGAGGGAUCUUGCUGAUUUGGGGAUGGGAAUGGGAAUGGGAAUGGGGAUGGGGAUGGGGAUGAAUCAUGGUCCACCAGCUAUGAGCAGAGAAGAAUUUGAGGCCCGGAAAGCUGAGAUGAGGAGGCGGCGUGAAAUGGAGAGGCGAGCUGCUGAAAGCCACAGGGAGUUUCAGAGAGAGCGGGAAUUUGGAAGAGAAGUGAGCAGCAGUGGACCUAACGAUGGUGGUCCGUCCAUGAAAUCUCGGAAUGUCGCUCCGCAAGUGAACGGCGAUUCUCACCACCACCGUCACCGACCGGGAAGGCCAUCACCUGACCGCUCCGCCGCCAGGGAGCUCGACGGGCCGCCACCACCGCUUCCUCCGCAGCGCUCGUCCAAGAGAAAGUCGGACCACAACGAUCAUGGCAGCAGCCGCGACAAGGAUAAGGAUCGAGACUACGACCAUCACAACCACCACGAGCACCGAGACCGCGAAAGAGAUCACGAUCAUUCUGAUCGCGAUCGUGAUCACCACCACCAUCACCGCAAGCGCUCGGAAUCCUCAACUAAGACGGCUUCUGACUCCGCAGCGGCUGCAGCUGCAGCUGCUGCGGCAGAUGAACGGAAGCGGAAGGCCAGCGUGUUCUCGCGGAUCAGCUUUCCGGAGGGUGAAGCAGCGGCUAGCAAGAAGCGGAAGGGAUCGUCUUCCUCCUCCGCUGCUCCUGAAGCAGCAGCUUCUUCAGCUGCUGGUGGGAAGUCCUCUGCAUCGGGGGGCAACGGCUACUACGACAGGAAAUCUUCUGCGUCGGCUUCCAUCGGUGGUGGAGGCAGAAAGAGCAGCAGUGCUGUGGCGGCGGAUUAUGAAUCGAGCGAUGAUGAUGAGAGGCAUUUCAAGAGGAAGCCGUCGAGGUAUGAGCCGUCCCCUCCCCCGCAGCAGGAGUGGGAAGAGGAUGUGAAGCAUUCCUCCAGAAGCUCAAGGGACAGGAAGCAUAGGGGAAAAUGAAUGGAGAAGAAUCGCUGCAAAGCGCGAUCGAUUGUGCUCUCAUUUCGCCGGCAUGGGUUUCUGCUGCUGUAUUUUGUACAUGAUGAGGAGAAUUGAGAGAUUUUCCCCCAGUCGUUUGUGGUUUUGGAAUGUGGAAUUUUCCCAUUAAAGAUAAGAAAAAAAGAGCAGAAGCCACCCUUGUUGCCUGGCGUCUUUCCCUUUUCGUUUUGACGAGCGCAAAGGAAUUGUCCGUUAUUUAUGUGGUUGUUCCUCUUUGUAAUAAGAAAUCCUUCUGUUUCUUAUAUGGCCUUGUUUCUUGGCAUCGCUCCAGCAAAAUGAAUGUGUUAUUUAACUUGAUAGUCAUUAAGGGCGAUUUAAAAUGAAUAUAUAACCCCUCGGUUUGAGUAAACCCACUUGUGAAAAAA